AUGACUCGAUGCGGUACCGCUUCAGAGAAGGGUAUCAGCGUAUUGAAAGCUCACAUCGUCGGCACCAUCGAAAAUCAUCGUCGAGGCCAGGUGAUGAAUACUACUUUUAUCGUCGAGGUCGUCAAGGUUCGGGAUCAUCUCAAGCUAGACCGCAGCCGCAGCCACAACCACAACAGUACGAUGGAACACGCAAACGCACCCGUGUCUAUUACUCCCCGGGCUUAA